UUUGUUACACAGUAUUCGUAGUGAAAUUCAUCUAAACAUUCAAAGCUCUACGACAAUAAGUUUACCAUCACUGAAGAUACUGCUAAUUGACAUCUUCGGUUAUGUGCAAAUCCCUAUGGUGAAUGCACUUCUAUGUGGCUGCCCAAACAUCGAAGCUCUAGAUCUUAAAUUUCUAACCAAUAGCUUGGACAAUGUUUUCCUUCCACCUACCUUGAAAAGGCUGAAAAUUGAAAUAGAGAGUGAUGAGGUCGGUCCUUUGCUUGAAAUAAACGCGCCAGAUCUUGAGUACAUCAACAUUUACCAAUACAGAUUCAGCGAUGUAUUAAACAUGAAAAACUUGCACAAUGUUGUAGAAGCAAGUCUUUAUUUCGUGCCUUUGUCGUAUGAUUUCGUCGACCCAUUACUCAAGCUCCUCAACAAUCUCUCCAGGACAAAACAUCUAGUUUUGAGAGUUUCAACAACCAAGUGGCUGCUUGGUGAACCCCGUGAUCUACUUUUUCAAGAUUUUUGCUAUCUGCUUCAUUUAGAUAUCAUUCUUCCCUGGUUUGACUCCAAUUCUCUUCUCAGCUUGCUUCACAAAUGUCCUAUUCUUCAGGUUCUUAAAAUUCAAAAUUAUAAGGAACAGUCACCAAUUUUAGGAUGGGCUCCACAGCCAAGUGCUCCUAAUUGUCUCGUAUCCUACCUUACCUUUAUUCAAUUUAAAAAAUUUCAAGGAUUUUCAGAUGAGAUAACAUUUAUUGAGCAUGUUUUGCAAAAAGGACUUGUUUUAAAGACAGUGAUUAUUGCUGAUAUUUCUCUGGACCAAGGUAAGAAGUACGACAUUCUAAAAAGAUUAUCGAAUGUGCCAAGAGCCUCAGAAAUGUGUCGUCUUACAUUUGACUGAGUAGUAUCUCCAAAUAAAGAAAUGGUGUGAACUCUAGAUCUUGAUGCAUUUUCUUUGUCAUAGUACACCAAAUCAAAUCUUGGUAACACUCAAAGUUUCUAAAUUUUCUUUGAACUCGUUAGAUGUUAUGCAAAAGGUGCAACUUGUUGCAAAUUAACUUGGUAAUUUUCUAUUUUUUGAUAUUAUUGUCACACCAACUAAAGCUUUGUUUUUUAGGGACAUUAAUUAGUGUUCACUUUGAUGGAUCAUAAUCACCUUUGUCGAUGAA